GUGAAACAAUCAACGUAGCACAUAUUACAUUGUGAACUCUUCGUGAAACGACCCCAUUUAUUCACAUUUCACUUCUCGAAUUCUCUUCUGUGCUGUCACUCGUCGUUAUCACAAAGUACACGCAGAAGAAAAUAUGGAUCAAGUUAAAAAAGUGUUGGAACCCGGACGUCAAUUUUCCAAAGACUCGGUUAGACUGAUAAAAAGAUGUAUUAAACCUAACCGAAAAGAGUUUCAAAAAAUAACAAUUGCUACGGCCAUUGGUUUUUGUACUAUGGGUUUCAUCGGUUUCUUUGUUAAACUUAUUCACAUACCCAUCAACAAUAUCAUUGUAGGAUCAUGAAGUAUUGACAACUCAACUUCUCUACUUCCUGAAAACCUUUUUUUGAGAAGAUAUACAUAAUUCACAAUUUUGUUUUUAUAUUGUGUAUUAAAUAUUUGUGAACAUCAUUUGUGUUUC